GCUUUAACGAGAAAAAAACAGAACGAGUUCUUUCUCAAUACAAACUUCCAACGUCAAAACCUCUCUCUCUCUCUCUCUCUCUGUUUCUUUUUCCUCCGGUUCUGCCUCGUCAAUUCUCAAUAGUUCGUUUAACGUAGAGCUCCCUUCAGUCUCAUAUUUAUAUACAGUUUUUUCACAGUCUGCGUGCUUAUAUAAUUUCUCUCUCUCUCUCUCUCUCUCUCAAUUAAUUUGUCCUGCUUUCUUGGCACAUCGUGGAGCACGGGUGGGAGAGUCAAAUUGGCGGGAACCAACCGUUGAUUCUGAGGUUCUAGGAAUUGGGUUCUACUGGGAUUUGAGUUUGUAUUUCUUUUUUUUGAUUCCAUGGCUAACCCGUCUGGAAGCCAUCAAGAGGCAUCGUCUUCUCCGUUCAAUGGCCACGCGGCCGCUGAUGGGAACACGAGCAAUGGGAAUUCAGGUGCGCCUCCGGAGAACCAGGUCAUGAAGCACAACACGGGAAUCUCCUUGGACUGGACCGCGGACGAGCAGGCCAUACUCGAAGAAGGGCUCGUCAACUUUAGCUCAGAACCGGCCUUAAGAUGCUACUCAAUGAUUGCUAUGAAUCUGCCAGAUAAGCUUGUUCGGGAUGUGGCAUUGCGCUGUCGAUGGAUGACUAAAAAAGAAAAUAGCAAGAGACGGAAGGAUGAACAUAAUUUAACAAGGAAACACAAAGACAAAAAGGAAAAAGUCAAUGAUCCUUCAGUUAAGUCAUCUCCCUUUGCGGCACAGCCGAAUGUUCCCACAUAUGCUCCACCAGCAAUGGAUAAUGAUGAUGGCAUCUCAUUCAAAGCUAUUGGUGGUGCCACGGGAGAGAGUCUGGAGCAAAAUGCACAGGCCUUACAUCAAAUUUCUAUAAACCUUUCAGCUAUGCAGCUGCAGGACAACAUAAGUCUCUUCUGUCAAAUCCGCGAUAACAUCCACAAAAUCAUGAAUGACUUGAGCUUGAAUGGCACGCCGGAGGUAAUGAAGCAAAUGCCACCACUGCCAGUGAAGUUGAAUGAAGAGCUAGCUAACUCCAUGCUUAAUCGCACAAACCUUCCAAUGCAAUGAUCAGCCUUAUCCUUACCUAGGUUUUAGAUCUGUUCCCAAGGCCUGUUCGCAGCCUCAAUGGAAAGAUGGUCCUUCCUCAACUGGGUUCUGUCAAUGAAAUCCUGGCAUCCAAACAAGAAAAAUAAUACUCUACCAAAUUGACCAUUGUGGUCCCAAUUCAGAAUUGUCUGACCUAGUUGUUGUGUGCAGAAAGGCAGUAUUUCUUUUUCUUUUUCUUUGUUUAAUGUUCUUGUUUAGCUCUAUAAAUUGUUUUGGAUAGUUGGAAAUUAGGGAAUAAGGAUUCUUUUGUUAUCUUUUGGUAAAAUCUAGGGAAUGCAAAGAGUAAGAAUUUAGUAUCAUUUUGGAUGUUUUUAUGAUGAUAUGUAGUUAUCUGUUUAAACUUUUUGGACAUCAUGAGAUUUCAUGCUCAAUAAAGUUGGAAGACCUACUUCAUCUC